GGGUGACUGAACCAGGAGGUGCGUGUCCGGCCCAGGACCAGAUCCCUUGGCCAGGGAAGGGCGAAGGCUGGGCCUGAGGCCUGGGCCGGCCACUGGGCUAGGAUUCGGUUCCUGCCAGAAAGAUGAAGCCUUGUCUUUAAGGAUGACAGCGUGCAGGAAAGGCCCCUCAACUGACCUCCCCGACUCUGGGCCCACAGCAUCUCUCAAAUCCCACACUACCCACUCUCACUGCCUAGCCCGUGUCCCUAUCUCUUCUCUGAGGUCUCUCCUCACUCUACUGUUCCCAGGACAGGAACUUGGCCAGAAACAGUGUCUCCUUUCUGGUGACAGUGUUUCCCUCCCUACUAUAACCUGUCCUCAGGCCCAUCCAACCAUCAUCGUCCCCAGCCUGACAUGCUUUCUCACCUUCUUCCUUCACCCAGAGGACCCUCAUUCUCUCCACCCCACCCCACCCUCCUCAGUCUUGGUUUCCUGGUCAUGACUGCCUCCCUGUCCCCUCCCACCCCCACACACCCACCAUCCUCCCAACCAUCCCAGCACCCUCCUUCCUAAUCUUGGGAAGCAUCUCAUCUGGCUGAACUGGAGAAUUCCGGGAUCCAGGCCACACUCCUUAGCAGACAGCCCCAUCCUGGGGAGGAGGAGCAGGAGAGAGCCUGAGGAAGAAUUGGAGGGGGGCGGGGGGAUGGGAACAAGGUCAGGCCUGGACGCCUCUGAGGACAGAGGCUGUGGGGAGACUGGGAUUGAGGGGAAAGUAAAGGAACGAAAGCCAGGACCAAAGGAAGAGGGGGGCCAGCAGGAGGUAUUUGCGGGGGAGGUUCAGCAGCUGUCUUUCCUAAGACAGGGACACAUGGGCCUGGUUAUUCCUCUUGUCACAUAUGGAAUGGUAGGAAAUGGAAGAGGGAGAAAGAAGGGGCAAGCAAAGGAGGGCACAGGGCAGAAAUAAGUGGGUGUAGCUGUCGGAGCCAAUGGGCCCCAACAGAGGAGCACCUGAGCCCAGCACACACACCCGACACCUCCGUCCUCUCAAGCUGUCCAAAGCCCCUUUCCCCAUAACACUGACCCCUGACAGGGUCAUUCUCUAAUACUGGCAACCCACAUUCCCACCCACAAAGGGGGUAUAAGACAUGAUCCCCUAGGAGUUAUAGGAGAGAAAAGCAGGAAAAGCAAGAGCCCUACUGGAUUUUGGCAGCAGUUGUAGUGUCCAGGGAAAAUAAAUUUGGCCAGCCAAGAACUGAAAACAAAAAUGUCCUGCUAGAUUCCUCCUAGAAAAAACCUGUUCCCCUCCCAUCUCCUCUCCAGUCAGGUCCCAGGUUUCCUAUCUCCUAGGAAAAGAUAGAUUGCCCUAUUCAAAUCCUGUCUGUGGUGUGUGUGGGUGGAGGAGUUGGGCUCCACUAGUGGACCAUGGUCCAGGCAGGGGCUCCAGGUCCAACGAGGGUGGGAGGAAGGCGUCACUUCCGGGGGCCCUCGCCAGUGUCUGGUGGCUCCCGGCUCUCUGAUUGGGCAGAAGUGGCCUGGGCAGGCGUGUGACCCCACUGCCGUGAAGGGGCUAUGCUCCAACGCCACAUGCCUUCCUACCCAUCUACUCCCCAGAGUACUGCCUGCUCUGCACCUGGGUCCUGGAGCCCUCCUGCACCCGGUGAGUGGAUAGAUUCCAGACCCUCUUCGUUGGCCCACCUGUGCUGUGCCCCACCCCUCUCUGCCCAGAAGUUCAAGAGCCCAAGCCGCCUCCAUGGCCCCAGGAAGGAUUCAGGGGAGAGGCCCCGUACAGGGUGCCACUCCAACCAGACAGCCUGGCCAGAAUGGAGCUGACUGAACUGCUCCUCGUGGUCUUGCUUCUCCUAAGUGCAAGACUGACACAGUCCAGCCUGGCUCCUCCCGCCUGUGACCCCCGACUCCUAAAUAAACUGCUUCGUGAUUCCCACGUCCUUCACGGCAGACUGAGCCAGUGCCCAGACAUUAACCCUCUGUCCACACCUGUCCUGCUGCCUGCUGUGGACUUUAGCUUGAGAGAAUGGAAAACCCAGACGGAGCAGACCAAGGCACAGGACGUUCUGGGAGCGACGACCCUUCUGCUGGAGGGAGUGAUGGCAGCACAGGGACAACUGGGACCCACUUGCCUCUCAUCCCUCCUGGGACAGCUUUCUGGACAGGUCCGCCUCCUCCUUGGGGCCCUGCAGGGCCUCCUUGGAACCCAGCUUCCUCCACAGGGCAGGACCACAGCUCACAAAGAUCCCGACGCCAUUUUCCUGACCUUCCAACAACUGCUCCGAGGAAAGGUGCGUUUCCUGCUUCAUGUAGUAGGGCCCACCCUCUGUGCCAAGCGGGCCCUCCCUACCACAGCUCUUCCAAGCAGUACCUCUCUAUUCUUCACAAUGAACAAGCUCCCAAACAGGACUUCUGGAUUGUUGGAGACAAACUCCAGUGUCUCAGCCAGAACUACUGUCUCUGGACUUCUGAAGAGGCUACAGGGACUCAGAGCCAAGACUCCUGGUCUGCUGAACCAAACUUCCAGGUCCCUGGACCAAAUCCCUGGACAUCUGAACAGGACACACAGACCCUUGAAUGGAACUCAUGGACUCUUCCCUGGACCCUCACCCAGGGCCCUGGGAGCCCUGAAUAUUCCUCCAGGAACUUCGGACACGGGCUCACUGCCGCCCAGUCUCCAGUCUGGAUAUUCCCCUUCCCUAACCCAUCCUCCCACUGGACAAUAUACAUUCUUCUCCCCUUCACCCACCUUGCCCACCCCCAUGGUCCAGCUCCAACUCCCACUUCCUGACCCUUCUGCUAUCAUGCCCAAUCCUACCAGUCCUCUUCCGACUGCAGCCCACCCUCACUUCCAUAAUCUGUCUCAGGAAUAGUAAGGUACUCAGGCACUGUCUCCCAUGUGUAAUUCCCUUACCCGAAGGAAAGGCCCUGGGAGACAACUGCAGCUACACCGGAUUUCCUGCUUUCACCUGACACCCAAAGCCCUAGUAAAGGCGGAUACAUAGGACAGAAAAAGGGAUCAUUUUUCACUGUAUAAAACAUCAGAGGCUAUUUUUUUAAGCUAUCAAUAAUAUUCACCAGAGCA